AUGGCCGGCUUGUCAGACGCGGAGCUCGGCAGGGAGCUGCGGGCCUUGGGCUUCCAGCCGGGGCCAAUCACCGACUCCACCCGCGAGCUCUACGUGAAGAAGCUGAGCCGCCUGCGGGCGGAGGGGGCGCCUAGGCCCCAGUCGGGGAAGACAGCAACCCCCAGCAUGGCCGGCCUGUCAGACGCCGAGCUCGGCAGGGAGCUGCGGGCCUUGGGCUUCCAGCCGGGGCCAAUCACCGACUCCACCCGCGAGCUCUAUGUGAGGAAGCUGAGCCGCCUGCGGGCGGAGGGGGCGGCCGGCCGGAGGAGCCAGAGCACAGGCAGUGCCUCCAGGCCUGAGCCGGCCUCGGCCUCCUACCCUCGCCGCAACCCCAGCCCCCUGGCACACAGGGCCCACAGCCAGGGCCGUAGGGAGAGUGAGGAGGAGGAGGAGGAGGAGGAGGGCUCGGAGGAGGAAGAUGAUGGGUACCAGCUCCCCCGCAGGGAUGUAGCAGAGGGGCUAAACCCUUGGGCCCAGCUGGGGAAGACAGCAGCCCCCGGGGGGCUUGCCCCCAGCACUCAGUGGGGGGCAGAAAGGGGGUUCAACCCCAGCUCCCAGUGCGGGACAAGAGAUGUAAGGUUAGCCCCCAGGCCCCAGUGGGAGGCAGAAAGGGAGUUAACCCCCAGGCCCCAGUGGGAGGCAGAAAGGGAGUUAACCCCCAGACCCCAGUGGAGGACGAGAGAUGUGGGGUUAACCCCCAGCACCCAGGGGAGGACAAGGGAUGUGGGGUUAACCCCCAGCACCCAGGGGAGGACAAGGGAUGUGGGGUUAACCCCCAGCACCCAGUGGGGGACAAGGGAUGUGGGGUUAACCCCCAGCACCCAGCGAGGUGUAGAAAGGGGGUUAACCCCCAGCACCCAGUGGAGGACAAGAGAUGUUGGUUUAACCCCCAGCACCCAAUGGGAGACCGAAAGGAGGAAGCUAACCCCCAGCACCCAAUGGGAGACAGAAAGGAAGCUAACCCCCAGCACCCAGAGGAGGACAAGAGAUGGGUGGUUAACCCCCAGCACCCAGAGUGGGACAAGAGAUGGCGGGUUAACCCCCAGCACCCAGUGGUGGACAAGAGAUGGCGGGUUAACCCCCAGCACCCAGGGCGGGACAGCAACAGUAGUAGGGAGAUUAAUCCGCAGGAUCCCGUGGAGGACAGGGGGAGAAGGGUUAACCUCCACGAGUCAGUUGACAGGGGCAGCCCCCAAGCAGGGUGCAGUAGGAAAGGGUAAGGGUCUGGAGUUCUACCUGUCCUGGUUCCUGUACCUGGCCACCCUGGUGUUGUUGGUGAUUUUCCUGGGCAUCCUCUGGGCGAAGAUGAUCGGGCCAGGCUGGCUUCUGGGGGCAGAGGAGAACCUUAAACUGUUAACUGUGGAUUGUGAGACAAGGACAGAUGAUUUCUGUCAAGCUAAACAGAAGGACAUUUUAAUGACCAUGCUGUAUGAAUUAUAUAACUACCUGGCAAUACAAGCUGGUAGUUUUGAGUGUGGAAACCCUGAGAAGCUAAAAAGUAAAUGCAUUCUGGUUAGUGAAGCAAAGGAUUAUGUGGCGAAUGUAACCGGUAAUUCCCCAGAGAAGUUUGAAGAUGCCCUGCAAUGGAUACUGAACAGUAACAAUGAUUUAGGGAUAUGGUUAAAAGGGGAAGACCCAUCAGAACCGGUUACCAGUGUAGACCAGGUGGUGUGCCUCGAAUCCACCCGUCCUCGGAUGGGGUUAGGCUGUCGUUUCCGCCGGGCAAUAAGCACCGCCAUUAUGAACCUUUUCAUCUUCUUCUGGAGUCUAAUCGUCCUCUGGGGGAUCCUGUUACUCCUGAAGUAUCGCUGGCGGAAGAUGGAAGAAGAGGAGCAGGCCAUGUAUGAAAUGGUGAAGAAAAUCAUAGAUGCUGUCCAGGAUCACUACAAAGAGUGGGAACAGAGGUUGGAGCGAUACCCAUAUGUAGGCAUCCUUCACGUUCGAGACACCCUCAUUCCACCCCAAAGCAGGAAAAAAAUGAAGCGGGUCUGGAACAGAGCUGUGGACUUCCUGGCUUCGAACGAAUCACGGAUUCAGACAGAGUCACACAGAAUAGCAGGAGAGGAUAUGCUGGUGUGGAGAUGGACUCAGCCCUCUUACGUCUCCGAUUCAGAGCACUAACCAGGAGCAAAGGAGGAGCUGUUGGUUCAGUCUGUGCAAAGGGACAAUUCCCUCUUUGGAUGUGGGAAGGGAUGGACAGGAGUUCUAACUUUCUCAGUUUAGAAUCACCCCAACCCCCUUUCCCUCUAUUUCUGAGAGACACUUAACAGAUUAUUUUUAGGGCAAUAAUCUUGGUUUGUGAGAAGAUGGACUUGAGCUAGAGAAGGAGCCAGAAGCACACCAAAGCUAGCUGUCCAGUGAGUGUUUGAACUCCAUGAGUAAACAAACAUAUAAGCACUCUUUAAUACCUAAUAGAAAGGGGCAAGGGAUCUCUUUGCCCAAGGGGUAGGAGGUUUAAAGCUGACCUUUACUGUGGGAAAACCAACAAGUGGUUUUACCCAUCAGCAAAUGUUUUUUUAAAAGAAUUAAUAUUUCCCAUGGAAACAUCAGGAAUGGGAGUUAGGAUCCAUUAGUUUAAAAAAUGCUUUUAUCUCACUAGCACACUAAGAAUCAAACAUUCAACUGACGCUUAACAGAGAAGAGCUCUGUAUUUGUUUUGCCCUUACAAAGGGUGGGAGGGGUUGAGUGAGGGCAGUGUCAUGUGCCUUGAGAGAUUUGGGAUAUGGGGGGUUGGAGGAGAGGUGGUGAUCUCCUAUGCUUUGUAUGUCUGCUUUCGUUGUGCUUUGUCUUAUGCCAGGAAGGGGGGAACAGGUGGCAAAUGACAGAACACAGGUGUACAUAAGGAGC